AUGGAAUACAAUCGAGAACCAUGUCCCUGGAGGAUAGUGGACGAUUGUGGAGGUGCCUUCACCAUGGGUGCCAUUUGUGGCACGCUUUUCCAAGUAACUCUUUCCCAAACGUAAUAGAGAGCUUACCACGAAACUAUAAAUUUGUUAACAAUUAGAUAUUAAAUUUGAGGAAUACUAGAUCCAUCUAUGUGUAAAUCGAAAUUAUAAACGAUAGUGAUGGUUUUCCUUUUGAGCACAGAGUGUCAUCGGUUUCCGGAACGCGCCAUCAGGAUUCCAGCGACGUCUCCACGGAGGUCUAACGAACGUGAAAAACCGCGUUCCACAAAUUUCUGGCAACUUCGCUGUCUGGGGCGGUCUCUUCUCCGCCAUCGAGUGCACGUUGAUCCGCUGGCGUCACAAGGAGGAUCCAUGGAACUCUAUAUUAAGCGGAGCACUCACAGGAGGUGUUCUGGCCUCGAGAACCGGAAUUAUAUCGAUGAUUGGAAGCGCCACUGUCGGCGGUAUUUUCCUAGCUUUGAUCGAAGGAUUUGGAAUAAUAGCGACGAGACUUCACGCAGAUUCUUUCGCUCAACACACGCGCUUGUACGAGAUGGAGAACCUUCCGGACUUCAGUGGACUUCCGCCGAAAGCAAGAUUAGGCUUCAGCGGCGCACCAGCCAGCGUCGAAGUACCAAUUCAGGCGAAUAGCAAUAACGUGGAGGUUGAUGUGAUUGCAGAGCUGGUUUCGAGGUAUAGCGUUCAAUUUUUGUAUCUACAUUUUGUGAAAGAAAUUCCUUGUAAUGUUGGAAGCGUUUACAGCGGCGAGGAACGCUUGAUUUGGGUUUUAAGAUGGGAAACUUUGCGAUGA